GCAUCCAAAUGUUUUUCUGGUCUCUAUCAUAGCUAGGGGAGAGAGACUUAGCCGUGGAAUAGAGUCUAACAUCAUCCAAGUCUCACUCAGUCUGGCUAUCUGGACAUGUCGUCGUAAUUUGUACAUACUAUCCCGCAUCGCUCGUUCUUUUCACUGCUCUUCACCACGAUUCUUUUCACGAUCAUCAUCACUGUCAGCGCCCAUGUCCUGGAACGCGUCAGUCCUCAGCUCCCUAUCCUCAGAUACAGAGCCUGCCGUUGUCAUCGCCUUUGACUCUGCAAAGUACAUCUUUAAUGUCGGAGAGAACACCACCCGCGCGUUUCUCCAGAGCAGGAGGAACUGGAAGAAGACUAGAGGCGUGUUCUUGACUUCUGUAGGCACCCAACGAGCGAGCGGCCUUCCAGGGUUAUUGAUGACUUUUGCGGACUCGGGCCUUACCAGUCUCAAUGUCGCCGGGCCAGCCGGGCUGUUGCACUUCAUGGCAGCUAUGCGUAAAUAUACAUUUAGGGAAAACCUCUCCGUGAACCCGAUCGAAAUACCUACUUCCCGCCUCCCAGAUGACUCAUCUGACGAUGAUAUACUUAUCUACAAGGACGAUAAUAUUUCUGUGUUCGCAUUACCAGUUUCCGCUGAUGUCCAGUCACUGGAAGUAGCCUCGGAAUCCGUCACACUUCCGCACUCUGAAACCAGUGUCGUCAACAUGAAAUCGGGAAAGAGGAAGCGCUCGCCUUCCCCUGCUGCACCACUGCUACAUGAAGUCAUAUCUCAUCCCAACUUCGACCCUACCACGCUAGUUGGCGAUAUGGCACAGGAAUGGCUUCGAGACAUUGUACGCACAAUGUUUCCUGGGUCUGCCGCCAAACCCAUUGCUUCGUCCACGAAGGUCGAACAUGUCUCCCAGCCAUCGGGGUUCAACCGUCCUUUACCUUCGCUUCCCCCAUGCAAUCGACGUGCAACGCUCGCAUACGCUGUGGUUGGUCCACGGGUUCGGGGAAGGUUUGAUGUCAAGCGCGCGGAGGCACUUGGUCUGAAGGCUGGGCCGUUACGUGCACGGGUUGCAAGGGGAGAGACGGUUACUGUUGUGGGCAAAGAUGGAGUGGAGAGAACUAUCGGACCGAGUGACGUUGUAGGUGUCAGUGAGGAUCCUGGGGUCGUAUUGAUACUGGACACACCCAGCACUGCGCACAUUCCUUCUCUCGUCCAGGGCUUUGAGAGUGGCGCGUUCUCGAAAUAUUGGGGCAAGGCGCAGGAGAAAAAAGAUCAUGCACUGAGGGUUGUCUUUCAUCUUUGUGGAAAUGAUGUAUUUGAGCAUGAGCGGUAUAAAGCGUUCAUAAAAGGUUUCAAGGACGAUGUACACCAUAUCAUUGCAUCUAAAGACCAUGCGUCAGAUCCGAUCACAUUUACUAGCGCGGCGUUCAACCAGCUGAGGCUCAACCAGCUGGAUAGUGACAUUUUCCCCGUUCCUAAAUAUUCUCUAGAGGUUAAGAAAGCUCUCGACACCACGGAUCUCCCAUCCAAUACGGAUUGUAUGCGUGCGCAUACCAUCAUCGACAUCCGUCCGCCACGACCCCCACUACGAGACUCCGAGGCGGAGGCGAAUGAUCUCUUUCACCCCGCCGUAUUGUCUGGCGAGCCCCCGACACUAUCUGACGCUACGAAAACACAAUUUUCUGAGGCACGAGCACGCAUCGACGAGGCUACAGUGCCCAACGUCAUAGGCAAGGACGUCAUGGUGGUUACCCUCGGAACGGGCAGUGCAGUUCCUAGCAAGUAUCGAAAUGUUUCUGGCACGCUUCUGCAUAUUCCCGGAGCAGGAUAUCUCCUCUUAGAUGCAGGAGAGGGCACAUGGGGGCAACUCUCCAGGAAUUAUGGAGCUGGCGUGUGGGCUGUUUUGAGAAGCCUAAAGUGCAUUUUCAUAAGCCACAUUCACGGCGACCAUCACAUUGGUCUCGCAAAGAUUUUGGCGAUGAGACAGCAGCUUGACCCCCCUCCGGAAGAACCACUCUACAUCAUCAGCAAUCGCAUGGUAUUCCUCUAUCUUCGGGAUUACAACGCGCUUGAGGAGCUUGGGUUCUCGGAGGACGCACGGGCCCGUGUUGUACCUAUCCUGAGUGAUGAGAUUCAUUGGCGCAACAAGGGACGGAGUGGGUGGAAUCACGGUGACCAAGACCAGAAGGGAUCGAGACCUGCAGCAGCAGAGUUGUGCAAAACCCUAAGAUUGCAGAAAAUCAAUACUGUUGAAGUGGAACAUCGCGCGAGGUGCCAUGGACUGAUUGUCAAACAUCUGGAUGGGUGGUCUGUCGUAUUCUCAGGUGAUACAGUCCCAACCCAAAACCUCGUUCAGGCAGGCGCUGGAACCACUCUGCUCAUCCACGAAGCCACCAUGGCCAACGAUCAAGUUGAAAUGGCGCGCGCCAAGAUGCACAGCACCUUUGGACAGGCAAUCGACAUAGGCAAAAGCAUGAACGCACAAAACAUCCUCCUUACACACUUCUCGGCCCGCUACCCCAAGAUGCCACCCUCGAUAUCUGAGCGUCAGGCUGGAGAUCCUGUCGUUGCAUUCGCAUUCGACCAUGCUAAUAUCAAAAUAGGGGACAUGUGGAAGAUGAGCUCGUAUACACGUGCGAUUGAGCAGAGCUUUAUUGAUAUUUCUGAUAUCGAGGGGGAGGAGCCGGAGGUGAUUGACGCAGGACAUGUGGAUAUUAGCUGAUGCCCAUACGGUCGGAAGCCUGAUGAUUCACUUUUGUAACGUGCGUUUUCAUGCAGAUAAAACCAAAACCCUCUCCACGUUUGUGGGAGUCGGGGAGCCCAAUUCCGAAGUAUUUGUGCCUGGAG